AUGGCUCCAAAGGAAAACAUAGUCGUUUUUCCAUUCAUGGCACAGGGCCAUAUCAUCCCUUUCUUGUCAUUGGCACUUAAACUAGAACAAGAAAAAGGCUAUGAAAUAACCUUUGUAAACACCCCUCUCAAUAUCAAAAAACUUCAAGAUUACAUCCCUAAAUUCUCAAACAUUCGACUAGUCGAAAUCCCUUUCGACAGGACAGAACAUGGACUUCCUCCAAACUCUGAAUCCACCGAAACUCUCCCUCUCCCACUCAUGCUUCGCUUUAUUGAGUCAUCUCCUUUGUUAAAACCUGCCUUCACAAAUCUUGUUUCCCGUCUCAUCGAGGAGGAUAAUGGUAGGCUGCCUCUUUGUAUAAUUUCAGACAUGUUUUUUGCCUGGUCGGCCGAGGUUGCUCACGAAUUUGGCAUAUUCCAUGCAAUCUUUAAUGCUGGUGCAGGUUAUGGCAUGGCUGUUUUUCAUACUAUAUGGUUGAAUCUUCCUCAGUUGAAAUCAAACUCUGAGGAGUUUUCCCUCCCCGGUUUCCCUCGGGGAUACAGGUUUAAGACAAAAAAUCUGCCAGUACAUCUUAGAGAAUGCGACGGUCCUUGGGAAUUUGCAAAUGGAAUGUUCAAAGAUUGGUUAAAGACCCAUGCAAUGUUGUUCAACACGAUAGAGGAUAUUGAUAACACAGGAUUGACGUAUUUCAGGGAGCAGUUUCCGAAUUGUUCUGUAUAUUCUAUAGGGCCCAUUCUUUCGUCUGCAGGUAGUAAAGCCCGCGGGGGAGAAGAAGCAGUAGCUACAAUGAAACAUUGCAUGAAAUGGCUUGAUAAAAAGGCGACGAACUCAGUUCUUUAUGUGGCCUUUGGUUCACAAAGUUCCCCCUCUGAAGCUCAAACAAAGGAACUGGCCAAAGCGCUUGAGGCUAGUAACGUCGAUUUCCUUUGGGUUUUUAGGCCACCUUCAAGCUUUGUAACAGAUUCAGAAUGCACAAAUAAAGAUUGGCUUCCUGAAGGUUUUGAGGAAAGGAUUAAGAACAGCAAAAGGGGUUUACUUUUGAAAAAAUGGGCACCCCAGAUGGAAAUUUUGUCCCACAAAUCUGUUGGUGCUUUUUUGAGCCACUGUGGGUGGAAUUCGUGUAUUGAAGCUCUUAGCAAUGGCGUCCCCAUGCUAGCAUGGCCUAUGGGUGCUGAACAGCCAUUCAAUGCACAUAUGUUGGAGGAAGAAUUGGGAGUUUGUGUUGGAGUUGCAAAUGGACAUAACCACGUUGAACAUGAAGAGAUUAUGGAGAAGAUUGAACUGGUGAUGGAAGAAGGAAGAGAAGGGGAUUUGAUGAGAAGAAAAGCGUUAAAGGUUAUGGAGAUGAUUAAGCGAGGUAGUAAAGGGGCUUCAAUGGAAGCCAUGGAUGACUUUCUUAUUGCUGCACAUACUGCAUGCAUAUGA